AUGAUGCUGCGCUCGAAAAAGUCUGAGUCACUCCGCAUCGUCGUGCUCGGCCAGGCUCAAGUAGGCAAGACUUGUUUCAUCGACAUGUUCCUUGAAGGCACACAUUUCAUCUCCCACUCCGCCGUCUCGUCCAUGCCCUUAUCCCGCCGCAUCUCGCACUCGGGUGCUUCCUUCACCCUCUCCUUCAUAGAUUUGGAUCUCACGGGACCCAUCGCGCCCUCGUACCGCAAGAUAGUCGAAGAAUAUCUCCGCAUCGCAGACGGUAUAGUCCUGCUCUACGACAUCAUUUGCAACUUGUCCUUUACCAGCGUGACCCAUGAAUUCUAUGUUUAUGCUUGGACGUGUCGAGAUGGUAUUGCUACCAAAGAGGCAGAUGAUCAUUUGACUAAAAAGCGCUUUGGAUGCGUGCUUGUUGGCAACAAGCGCGACGUCAUUGUUGGUGAGGAUGCAUCGAAACGUCAAGUGGAUAAAAAUAUGGCCGAGCAGUGGGCAAGUAGUCAGGGCUUGAAGCAUUUUGAAAUCACUACGAACGAGCGGGGUGAAGUAGAGGAGGUGGUCAAGGCGCUUGUGGACAGUAUAGCAAGAGCGAGGCGUAUGGAUCAGAGGGACAAGGCGAACGGGGCAACAGAACAAGGCGGGUCCAUCAUGAAGUUAUUCAAGCGUACCGCUUAA